AUGGAAAGAGGGAGUGGGGAUGGAGUGAAAUGGAAAGUGUUUCAAGUCUUCCAGGUAUUGUCCAUCCAACAUCAAGAAGAAGAGUUAUGUGCUUUUUGUUCUUUGGAUCUCUCCCUCACUCUUUGUGUUUUCCCUUCUCCUCACUAUAGGAGCAAUCCUUUGAUCCCACCUGCUCCUGCUGCCGUUACGUUGGCCGCAGCAUUCGUUGACCGGCCCUGGACGGGUGUCUUCGCCGCAGCAUGUAGAAGGGAUCAAUCGAUGUUGACCUUGCCGAACGAAAGCAAGGUCGCGGUCAUGGCUCGACUCGCAGGAGUGCUUCUGGCCUUCGUGAGGCUUGCGCUUGGCGAGCCAUCCGGCACACCGCCGCAGCCUCGGGAGGUUGUAAAGGGCAUCAGCUAUGGGCCCAUGCCAUGUAAAGAGCCCUGCUGGGUCAGUCAGGACGAUUUCUUCUCGCAGUCCGCGAAGCCCAUGUGGGGCGCCAGGGGCCGAGGAGAUCUCGAGGUGAUCCGUCAGCUGGGCGCCAAUGCUGUGCGUCUCUAUGGCAACAACCCGGAGAACACGCACCGAGACUUUUUGGAUGAAGCCGAGGAGCUGGGCCUUCGAGUGAUUCCAGGUCUGAGCGACUACGACUUCAUCCAAAGCCCCGAGAACUGCCUGACCACGGACUUCAACUGCUACGCCCAGGUGAAGAAGUCCUAUCGAGAGCUCCUUCAAAAGGGCUUUCUACGAGAAGGGCGAUACCAUCCAGCUCUACGAGAGUUGAUCGUCAUCAACGAGCCCGACCUCAAGUUGCCGGGCAUGCAUGCGCCGGUCAGCUUUUGUCGGGGCAUCCUCAGCGCCGUCGACGCCAUGUUGGAUGCUGAGAAGUCCAUGAACCUCACCGGCCCAGGCAUCAACUUCACGGUGGCGUUUUCCUUCGGCGUGUGCAGCACCUGCGGCAACUACACGUCCAGCCCGGCACUGGGUCAGAUGACCAUGCUACGGGCGGCCUUCCGAAACGCCAGCCUCGUGGGUUAUGUGCCCAAGAACAACCUCACGAAGUUCUACGACGAGAGGUUCCACAACAGUUUCAACACGGCGAACCCCGCCUUUCAUCUCCAAGAGAUGUUCCUCAGCAAGUACGAGAAGGAGUUCCCCCACACGCCGGUGAUGAUUCAGGAGUAUCACAACCCCCAUGGUGACGUGGAGAAGGACCUCCGGGACGUGCUGCAAAUGGCACAAGGCUCCAAGCUGCUGAACGGCGUGAACUUCUUCGAGUUCCACGUCCGCUACGACAAGGGCGGCAGCGAGAUGGACUUCGGCAUGUUCCAGCUGGGGGACUUUGCGGUGCAGGACUUCGAUUACUUCGGGGAUUCCUUCAAGGCCUGGUGCCUGGUCCCCGCCAAGUCCAAGGCAGGCGAAGUGCUCCCCACAGCGCUGAUGGCGGCCUACGGCGGAAAAGAACUGGACUUCGCGGAGCUUUGCUUGCCAGACCCUCGCAAGGUGACCUUGACCGCCCAGGGCUACCGGAGCAUCGCAGAGCAGCGACGCCCCGAGAAGAUGCAGAUCUUCGUGGAACGCUUGGUGACCCACAUGGGUGGCAAGGUCUCAGACGCAGCAGCGCUGAGGACCUUCGCACAAAGCUUCGACCGCCGCAGCAUCGCCACCGUGAACGCCAGCAGUCCAGGACCAGGCCAGCUACGGCCCUUCAGCGCCUUGGUCGCGGAGUUGCGACGCCAUCCCAGCUGGGCGGGCUGGAGCGAGUCGACGGCCAGCUGCAUCGCCGACCGGCGGAGUCACGAGCCCGCCGUCGGCAGCGCCGUAGGCGAUGCCUGUCGGCACUUGGAGAUCAUCCAAUGCCACGAGGUGCCCUCGGAGUGUAAGUCGAACAUCUGGGGCGUGGCAGACUACGUCUUCGGAGUCUACUACGCCCAGCAUGGAGGGAAGUCACCCUUGGAGCAUUGCUACUUCAACGGCUCUGCGCGGCUGGGCGACGGGGAGGCGCUCGCGGAGACGAAGAGUGCCUGCGUCGUCCCUCCGACCUGGCGACCGAAACGCCGCCUGCAGAGCGACCAUGGCGACAUGGGCUUUGAAGCUCAGCCACUGGAGCUUUUGGAGGAGGAAGAGGAGGCUGCCUGGUUGCUGGUGCCAGCACUACUGGCGGGCGUUGCAGCCACCGGGACGAUGGGUGCCCUGAUGUCCUGGUGCCGAAGCGCAGAACCCCCGGAGCCGCUGGCGAGCCCCAUCUCAGAGAAGCCGAUCACCAUCCAGGUGAUCCCCGUUGCGUCACACCAGUCGCUCUCCUCGAUGGUCUCGGUGUCCUCCACCGACCUGUUGGCACAGACCGAGUGA